GGAGGUCCAGCAAUGGAGUGGCAGAAGUAGAGGGACAACCAUCAGCCACAUCUUCAAUAAAUCUCAGCUGAGCCUGGGUCAGUGUUGAACGUAAGCAAGCCGCAUCUUUUCCAUAGAAAUCCUCCACUGAGAAAUAUUGCUGGCUUCGGGCAUGACCGCCAUGGUGUGGGGCUGGGUCACGGACUUCUUCACCUACGAGACCACCAAAUCUGUGGUGGUCAAGAGCUGGUCGGUGGGCAUCAUCAACAGGAUCGUGCAAGUCUUCAUCAUCGCCUAUUUUGUCGGCUGGGUGUUCAUCCACGAGAAAGCCUACCAAGUGUUUGACACCGGCAUAGAGUCAUCCGUCAUGACUAAAGUGAAAGGUUUCGGCUACCAUCAAAACCACCUCAUGGAUGUGGCUGAUUACGUCUUCCCCCAACAGGGUGCAGCCGUGUUCUGCAUCAUGACGAAACUCAUCAUCACUGAGAAUCAAUUCCAAGGAAAAUGUGGAGAGAAUGGGGAGAAGUAUAGCUGUAAGACAGAUGACGACUGCGAGCAGCAUAUUGGUUCCAUCCUUACAAACGGGAGGAUUACUGGUCUUUGUCUUCACGGGGGGAACGAGUCCGAAGGUCAGUGUGAGGUGGAAGGAUGGUGUCCGGUCGAGAACGACACCAUCGUGAUUGAACCCAUGUUCGACGCGGAAAACUUUACUAUCUUCAUCAAGAACAGCAUCCGCUUCCCCCUCUUCAACAUCACCAGAGGAAACUUUCCAUCCUCCAUGACGUCUGAGGAGAUAAAGAAGUGUAAAUACAACCCUGAAACCAACCCCUUCUGCCCCAUCUUUCGAGUGGGCGACAUCCUGAAAUACACUGGACAGAAUGUGGCCGGCCUGGCUACAAAGGGUGGUGAAAUCGGAAUAAACAUUGAGUGGAAGUGUAAUCUAGACCUAGACAUUGAAUAUUGUGUACCCAAGUACUCCUUCACCCGACUGGAUGCUCCUUUCGCCAAGAACGCCGUCUCCAAGGGGUUCAACUUCAGGUUUGCCAAAUAUUUUAAGAUGCAGAACGGUACUGAAUAUCGGACGCUCCACAAAGCUUUCGCCAUCCGCUUUGAUGUCAUGGUCACCGGCAAAGCAGGAAAGUUUGACACGAUCCCAACAUUAAUCAACCUGGUCGCUGCCUUCACUUCUAUUGGACUUGGUACAGUUCUUUGUGACAUCAUCCUCCUGAACUUCCUGAAAGGAGCAGAGCAAUACAAAGCCAAGAAAUUUGAAGAGGUGUCAGAGGCUCAGAUAGAGGCUCAGAUAGAGGCUCAGAUAGAGGCUCAGAUAGACGCGUCCCUCGCUCCGAGCCCGAGCAGCCAGAUGUCCAUCAAAGAAGUUAUGAAGAGCUCGUGCGACUCUGGAGCCCAUUCUCUAGCCACUGCUGACCAACCUGUGUGACACGGAGAUGAUCGAACGGAACCUCUUGCUGUUCCCACCAAUCAUUAAGCUUUUUCUGACUGUGGAUUCUGCAGUUUUUGUUCAAUAAGCUUAAGGAAUUGUGUAAAGACGGACUGCACUGCAGAGCAACUUCAUGGAGUAUUUAUGAUAAGCAAAUCUAGAAGUAAACAUUGAAGAGCGACGGCCGCAGGAUUAUGCCCUUUGGUUGAGCCUCGUUAGCCUUGUGUCUAGCCAUGAAACUCAGAGUGGAAACAUUAAUUCAUAUUUAAAUCUUUUUUUUUUUUUAAUCGUUGACUCACAAGAUAAACGAAGAAGAACAAAAUCAUACACAUUAAUUUUCACCCACCCAUUUUUUAACCCACCACCUGAAACACACCACAAUUCUAAAACAAAACCUCUGCUCACUGCAACCCUCAAAAUCGGUA